AUGGACAUGCUGAAAGAGUUGCAUAUUAACAUUCCUUUCACUGAAGCGAUUGAACAGAUACCAAAGUAUGCGAAGUAUCUGAAGGACAUGGUGACGAAGAAAAUAAGCACUGGUAAGUUCGCAACGGUGGCAUUAACGCAAAGUUCAAAAUCCAUAAUUCCACCAAAAAUGCGCGACCCUGGAAGUUUCACAAUACCCUGCUCGAUCGGUGAGCUAUACAUUGGUCAAGGGCUUUGCGAUCUCGGAGCCAGCAUCAACUUAAUGCCCCUGUCAAUUUUUAAGCAGCUGAAUGUGGGACAGUUGGUGCCUAUGACGGUGACUCUCCAGCUAGCUGACAGAUCCCUUGUGCAUCCAGAAGGAAAGUUGAAGGAUGUACUGGUCAUGAUCGACAAAUUUGUAUUACUGACAUACUUCAUCAACCUGGAUUAUGAAGCGGACAAGGAUGUACCCAUCAUCCUGGGAUGA